GAAAGGCCAGUGGCAAUAUAGUCAAAUCACAUUUCCUUCUCCGUCUCUGGAACGUUUAAACGUCGUCGUCAUCUCUGGCUGGUCAUGAGACCAGGAUACACAGGAACAGUGGAGAAAGAAAGGAAGAGAUUUGAACGGGAGAGAGAGAGAGAGAGCUUGCGAGUGAGGGACUGUUCUUGUGAACUGUGAAACUAAUUGUUCAAAGCAUCAAGGUUUUUGUGAUUCGGGCAAGCUAAAGCUAUAGGUUCUAAGGAGAACAGGAGAAACCCUAGGAAUUUUGAAGAAUGGUGGGGACGUCAUCGCUUGUGGGGCUCCAAGAUCACCUCAAAUUGGCGAGGGAAUACGCUCUUGAAGGCCUCUAUGACACGUCGAUCAUCUUCUUCGAUGGCGCCAUUGCUCAGAUCAACAAACAUUUGAGCACACUUGAUGACCCUUUAAUUCGUACAAAGUGGAUGAAUGUUAAGAAAGCACUGUCUGAGGAAACAGAUACUGUAAAGCAGUUGGAUGCAGAGAGAAGAGCUUUCAAGGAAAUUCCUGGGGGCAGACGCCCAUCUUCACCUCCAAUUUCUACUAAAUCAUCAUUUGUCUUUCAACCACUAGAUGAGUAUCCAACUUCCUCUGGUGCUUCCAUGGAUGAUCCUGAUGUAUGGAGGCCUCCAAGUAGAGACAACAGUACAAGUAGAAGACCAACAAGGACUGGUCAAGUGGGAAUGAGGAAGUCACCACAAGAUGGGGCUUGGGCUCGUGGUCCUACAAGAACUGGAACAACUGGUCGUGGAGGCAAGUCUAGUGGUUCAGGUAGGCCUAACUCUGGAGUACGAGCAUCAACUGCUGGAAAAAAGGGUCCUGCCUCCGGAAAAUCAAACAAGGGAGAUUCAGUGAAUGGUGAUGAGGAUGGAAAAUCAAAAAAAGGGCAGUAUGAGGGUCCAGAUCCAGAUUUAGCUGCAAUGCUUGAAAGGGAUGUCUUGGAGACAAGCCCUGGAGUGAGAUGGGAUGACGUUGCAGGGUUGAGUGAAGCAAAAAGACUUCUAGAAGAAGCUGUUGUCCUUCCUUUAUGGAUGCCUGAAUAUUUUCAGGGAAUACGGAGACCUUGGAAAGGUGUUCUUAUGUUUGGUCCACCUGGUACUGGUAAGACACUUUUGGCAAAAGCAGUUGCUACUGAGUGUGGCACGACAUUUUUCAAUGUUUCAUCUGCCACUUUAGCUUCAAAAUGGCGUGGAGAGAGUGAACGCAUGGUCCGGUGUUUGUUUGAUCUUGCAAGAGCUUAUGCUCCAAGUACCAUUUUCAUUGACGAGAUUGAUUCUCUUUGCAAUGCUCGGGGGGCUUCUGGGGAGCAUGAAUCAUCAAGAAGAGUGAAGUCUGAACUCCUAGUUCAGGUGGAUGGUGUAAAUAAUAGUUCCACUGGUGAAGAUGGUAGUCGCAAAAUAGUUAUGGUUUUGGCAGCUACUAAUUUUCCAUGGGAUAUAGACGAGGCACUCAGGAGGCGAUUGGAAAAACGGAUAUAUAUUCCUCUUCCAAAUUUUGAGAGCCGUAAGGAACUUAUACGGAUCAAUUUGAAGACUGUUGAGGUGGCUCCUGAUGUAAAUAUUGAUAAUGUGGCUCGGCGAACUGAAGGAUAUAGUGGGGAUGAUCUAACAAAUGUAUGUCGGGAUGCUUCCUUAAAUGGCAUGAGGCGUAAAAUAGCAGGCAAGACGCGUGAUGAGAUUAAAAACAUGUCCAAGGAUGAAAUUUCAAAUGAUCCUGUUGCCAUGUGUGAUUUUGAAGAAGCCUUGACUAAGGUUCAGAGGAGUGUUUCUGCGGCAGAUAUCGAGAGACAUGAGAAGUGGUUUCAAGAAUUUGGUUCAGCAUAGACAAUAUGGGACUGUAAAAGAUGUUGAUCGUCGGUUGACGAUGAUAUAUCCUCGCAUCUGGAUGAUUGAUUCUUCCCAUUCUUUUGUUCUAUUUUUCUUUUAUAGCCCUUGUCUGUUGGAAAUGCCCCUCCUGCAUUGUUGUGAUUUUUGUAUCUGUAAUUUUUUUUUUUUCUGCAAUGUAAUUUGAUCAUAUUUGGGAUCAGUGUUUCUAAUGUGCUAAAAGUUAAUUCAAGUUGUAAUUUAAUUCACACAGAAGAGACCAAAGCUGCGGGUAUUUUUGUUCGAUGGCCCUUGUGCUUGCUAAUGUAAUGGGUGAGAGCAUUCAUGAAUGUCUGUGCGAGUGAAUGUAAAUGAGAUGUGGUUGAAAGAGUGACUCAUUUUGAUUCUCUUGUAAUGUGAAUGAUGCAGAUCCUCUGCCUUCAAAUUUUCUAAUAUUGGAUAAUCAAAUUUUCAAUGAAUGUUCUA